CCAAAAUUCAAAAUCAACACCUUUUUUAUAAAGCUUUGAAAUAUUUUCUUCAUCUUUUCCUCUCACAUAAUUACAAACAUAGCUCCGAAAAAGAAAAAAAAUUACAAUCUUCAGUUCUUCACCAUGUCUUAUUCAACUUCAUCGUUUAAAAAUCCAGUUUCUGUACCCACUGGAACAGAUCAAAGAGGCCAUAAUCAUGUUAAUUCAGGCGAAAUCCAUGUAAUUUUUGGCCCAAUGUUUGCUGGUAAAACCACUGCCCUUCUUCGCCGAAUCAAUUCUGAAGCCAAAAUGGGCAGAAAUGUGGUAAUGAUCAAGUCAAACAAAGAUACAAGGUAUGCAGUAGAUGCAGUGGUGACUCACGACGGGACAAAACUCCCAUGUUGGUCAUUGCCUGAUCUCUCAUCUUUCAAACAAAGAUUUGGAUCAGAUGCCUAUGAAAAGGUGGAUGUGAUUGGCAUUGAUGAAGCUCAGUUUUUUGAUGACCUUUAUGAUUUCUGCUACAAAGCUACUGAUAUCGAUGGGAAGACUGUAGUUGUUGCUGGCCUAGAUGGUGACUACUUAAGGAGGAAGUUUGGCUCAGUACUUGAUAUUAUUCCACUAGCAGAUACCGUUACAAAGUUGACAGCAAGAUGCGAAAUAUGUGGCAAACGAGCAAUUUUUACCUUAAGAAAAACUGAAGAGAUGCAGAAGGAGCUUAUAGGUGGUGCUGCUAUGUACAUGCCUGUCUGUCGACAACACUAUGUCAAUGGCAAAUCCGUCGUGGAAUCUGCGAAAAAGGUCAUUGAAUCUCAUCAAGUGCAGGAACUGAUUCCAGAGAAACCUUUAGUUACUUAGUAACAGUUCUGGCUUGUAUGUAUAUAUUUUCUUGUGUUCAGCCUGUUUAAUCAUCUUUUGUUGGACUAUCGGUUUCUACCUUUCUGGAUCAUGUAGCUAAGUGACAGUAUCCUGCAAUAUAUCAUCAAUGUCAACAAGUGCUUACCUUAGUGACUA